AUAAUUCUCUCUCUCUCUCUCUCUCUAUACCUGUUGUGUGUGUGUUUUACUGUCUGAAAAAUAUUCUCUAAAUUCUCGUAUGUGUUCUGUCGGACAAAGAUUCAAAGCAAACAAGAUCUUCAUACAACUUUAGUUGAAAAAACAUAUGAAUCUUUAUCUAAAACCCGUGAUCUACCGUGCUGUUUUUCCAGGAUUUCGUCAUCUUUGAACAACAACGCUGGAUGAACCACAUGGCCAUACAUCAUCAUCUUCUUCAUCUUUCUAUCUAUUUUUAGCACCAUCUAUUAUUAUUAUCAUCUUAAAACUGAGAAUCCACUCUCCUAAAAUGAUGUCUAAUGAUGGCUUCUCAUCACCUCCUUCUCCCCACCCACCUUUGUUUCAUGACCCCAUCACAAACCCUAACCCUAAUUCUUCCAAUUCUUCGGUUAAACGAAAACGUAAUCUUCCUGGAAACCCAGAUCCGGAUGCAGAAGUGAUAGCUUUAUCGCCAAAAUCGUUGAUGGAGACGAACCGGUUCGUGUGUGAGAUUUGUAGCAAGGGGUUUCAAAGAGAUCAGAAUUUGCAGCUUCAUCGAAGAGGUCACAACCUACCAUGGAAGCUUAAGCAAAGGAACAAACAUGAAGUUGUGAGGAAGAAGGUUUAUAUAUGUCCGGAAAUAAGUUGUGUUCAUCAUGAUCCGUCUCGAGCUCUUGGAGAUCUAACCGGGGUUAAGAAACAUUUUAGCCGGAAACAUGGUGAGAAGAAGUGGAAGUGUGGGAAGUGUUCGAAGAAGUAUGCGGUUCAGUCGGAUUGGAAAGCUCAUAGCAAGAUUUGUGGUACUAGAGAGUAUAAGUGUGAUUGUGGAACAUUGUUUUCAAGGAAAGAUAGCUUUAUAACACAUAGAGCAUUUUGCGAUGCUUUAACGGAAGAUAAUUCAAGAAUGGCAUCAUUCGCCAUGGCGAAUACCACUAAUAUCGGGUUCCAAAACAAUUUGAUGAUGAUGAACAGCGGUGGUAGGGUUAUGGAUCCGGGUAUGAGACCGAGAUUACCAAUUUGGCUGCAACACCAUGACAAUAAUAGUAACAUUCCCCUCGAAAACUCGACAACAAGUUCAUCUUUUAUGGGGUCAUCAAGCUCAAACAACAACAAUGGUGGGAUACUAUCAUCAGAAAUGAUGCAGUGGCUGAGUAGAAGUCGUCAGGAAACAGCCGAAAAUUUUGCGGAGGUGCCACGUGGGUCAUUCUUAAAAGAGGAAGAAGAAAGCACCAAAGGGGAAAUUCAGCUGAAUCCAUUGUAUACUCACUACGGUGGUUGUCCAAAUCCGCCACCACUGCCUCCGCCGCAUAUGUCAGCCACUGCGCUUUUGCAAAAGGCGUCUCAAAUCGGGUCAACCACAAGUACAAACUCGGGCGGUUUUGGGCUCAUGAACACAAGUGACCUCUCUGGAUUUAGUUCUUUGAAUCAGCCUGACAACUUAAGUGAUGGGAUGAUCAUGAGCGGUGACGGGUUAAUGAUGAUGAUGAUGGCGGGGAUGUCAACGCAAAAACCAGGCGAGGCAAGCUCCGGUGGUGACGGGAAUUUGACAAGAGAUUUUCUUGGGGUGGAAGGGAACGAGAGAAGAGCAUUUAGUAUGCCACAAGAGCUAAUGAAGUUCACUUGUUCAAUGAAUGAUUCAAACAUAGGAUUCAGUAGUGGAAGCCAAUGAGAGAAUGCUAGCUUUGGCUCAUGAAGCACACUUGUGUUUGUGUUUUUUUCUGAUUUGAUUUUAUGUUUUUUUUUUCAUGUUCCGUUGGUAACAUUCUAUUUGUUUCCGGUGAAUCGUGGUAGUAAAUAAUGCUGUGGCCGCAAGGCACUAUCGUAUAUGGUAAUUGUAGAUGAGUUUUGCAAAUGAAAUUUCAACAUCAAUGAUUCUCUCA